AUGGCGCCAGAAGUGAAAUUGACGUCCUACUUUAUCCCCAUCUCUGCCGUUGAGAAAUGGCCUGCGCCGAAUAUGAUCGAUCCGGAGACCAGGCUGUGGCUGAUCCCGAUGGCACUUAUCCUCGAGGUGCUUGCCUCCGUCGCGGUCAUCUGUAGGAUACGAGCGCGAGUAGGGAAGUUGGCAGGCGGCAUAGGAGCAGACGAUGGAUUGAUUGUCGCGUCGUGGAUCUUCGGCACCGCGUACACGGCCUUGAUCGUGUUCGCCGUCAGCGCGGCUGGCUUCGACAGGCAUAUUUGGGAUCAGAAUUUCAAGGUGACGGCGCUAGGCGGUCUCAUCGCGCUCCUGGCCGAGAUUGCCUUUCUCAUCUCGACCUGCGCAACGAAAAUCUCCAUCUUGCUGUUCUACCGCCGCCUCGUCAACGGCUCCUUCAGCAAGCUGCUGCAGUGGAGCAUAUACGUGGGCAUUGCUUUCAUCGUCGCGUAUCUCCUAACCUUCACCAUCUUCCUCGGCGUCUUUUGUUCGCCGUCUUCAGCGUCCUGGCAGUCCUUGGACCUCAGCUACAUGAAGCCGUACAAAUGUGUUGACAGGGCUAUUGUCGAUCCCCUCGUUGGCAUCAUAAGUGCGGCGAGCGACAUCUAUGCGAUCGUGAUCCCCGAGAUCAUAGUAAAGAAACUAAAGCUUCCCCAGCGGCGGAAGGUUAUUCUAUACGUAAUAUUUGGCGCCGGCCUCGUCGUCGUUGUCGCGGCUUUGAUCAGAACCGGCUUCUUCAUUCGCCUACACACCGAUCCACGGAGAGACCUGACCUGGAUCGGAUACGAUAUUUUCGUUUGGACGACGAUUGAACUUCAACUAGCCAUCGUCUACGCUUCUUUUCCGGCUUUGAAAAGUUUCUUCCUCCGUCGCGGCACGUCGAACACGACCACCGCGUACGGAGGAACAACCGUAGUGGGUUCAAUAUCGAAGCAAAAGAGCGCUGCUGGCGAUGAGUCGCCGCUGGUCAGCAGGUCGAAGGCAUCGCAGACGGACGAGAGUGCGACGGGUGCAAAAGGAACCUGGACAGCGCGGCAAGCCGAUGGUAGUGUCACGGUGGUAGAGACUAUGGACGUCAUCAGCAUCGAUUCCAGGCAAAGCGUGAAAAGCUCGAGGGAAGCAAGAGUCGCGAGGGUGCACAGCUUCCUGGAUUCUAGGUAG